CUGCACCACCCAAAAGCGGUUUUCUCACUUUCCUUAUAUAGCUACCAAGCUCGUGCUGCUGAUGCGCAUUCAGCGCUUUGUCUGUUAUAACCUACGCCUUCCUCACGAGUGCUUUUCUGAAUCGAAGGAUCUGAUUGUUAGGGUUUGGUAUGGGGAGAGGAAAGAUCGUGAUAAGGAGGAUCGAUAAUUCGACUAGUAGGCAAGUGACGUUCUCGAAACGAAGGAACGGUUUGCUGAAGAAGGCGAAGGAGCUUGCGAUCUUGUGCGAUGCUGAAGUCGGAGUUAUGAUUUUCUCCAGCACCGGAAAACUUUACGAUUUUGCCAGCUCCAGCAUGAAAUCAGUAAUUGACCGAUACAACAAAUCAAAAGAAGAAAAUUGUCAACUUGGGAGUUCGGCCUCCGAAAUUAAGUUUUGGCAAAGGGAGGCAGCAAUGUUAAGGCAACAAUUACACAAUUUGCAAGAAAGCCACCGGAAAAUCAUGGGGGAAGAGCUGUCAGGUUUGACAGUCAAAGAAUUACAAAAUUUGGAGAACCAAUUAGAAAUUAGCCUUCGUGGUGUCCGUAUGAAAAAGGAUCAACUUUUAAUAGAUGAAAUACAAGAACUAAAUAGAAAGGGAAACCUCAUACGCCAAGAAAAUGUGGAACUGUAUAAGAAGGUAAACCUAAUUUGUCAAGAAAACAUGGAAUUGAAAAAGAAGGUCCAUGGAACAAAAGAUGAUAGCGAAACAAACAGAGAUUAUGUUCUCACAAAUGGUCUAGGCAUAGGAGAGGAUUUGCAUGUGCCCGUGAAUCUCCAGCUUAGCCAGCCACAGCACCACUAUGAGGCUCCUUCAAAAACUGCAAAAUUGGGGAUACCAAUUUUAAUCCAAUCAGGACACAUGCAGGAGCAGAUCGUCUACCAUAGGAUAUAAAAUUGGCCCAGUCGGACUAUCUCUGAGAAACCUACUAUCUGAGCAUGCCCCUUGUCUUUAUAAACAACACAAUUGCCUACAGCACUCUUAGUGUAGUUCACUAUCUCCAUUAUUACUUUCCAAUGCUUCUGGCAAGGAGAGUUCAAGAAUAUAAAGACUCACCACACUUACUAGAGAGGGAACAUGCGGAAGAAUGACUGAAGAUCAUUCAACUUUCCAAUCAACCUCUUAUAUUUUCCGAGAUUCAAUAAGGGUUCCUCCUAGUUGGGUGCAAUCUAACAUAUGGAUGAAUGACAAUGAGAUAAUUCAAUUUUCCAAUCGGUCAUAUAAUUCCUGAGAUUCAAUAAGGGCUCCUCCUACUUGGUAACAAUCUAACAUGAGGUUCCAUCGAAGGUUCUACUUGCUUGGCAUUUAGUAGAUCGGUUUCUGGCAAGAUGUCAAGAAAAUAUUUCCUCUAAUAGGUCACCAAAUCAUCCUUGGAUUGAGCAAUUUCGAUACCUAGGAAAUACCUUACCAAGGUCUUUAAUCUAGAACUAGCACGAGAGGUCCUGUUUGAGG